AUGGCGCCCAACUGGUCGUACGAUCUUCCCGAAGAGCUUAUCAUCUCUGUUGCCAAACGGCUGACAGAUUCCUUGCAGGAUUUUAUUUUUUUCGGUGCAGUUUGCAAAUCAUGGAGAUCAGCCGCCACUGAGGUAAAGGAGAAAAACCCUAAUAAUAUUGCAUUGAGAUUAUUAACACAUCAAGUUCCUCUUCUUUUGCUUCCACUUUCUUGUUGGCAACGGCCUCCUCCCAUCUUGGUCAGCAACCCGGUUCCUAAAAUUAUCAGGCCGCCUCCCAAGGAAAAGAGUGAGGGUUUGAAUGAGGCAGUUGAAUUUUACAGUCUGAAGGGAAAAGGUAAUAAGAUCAGUUACAAACUUAACCUACCAAAAGCAAGAAUGAGGAUAUGCUUUUCAUCUUUUGGAUGGCUGGUGAUUGUAUCUAAAACUGAAGGGUGCGAAUGGAGUCUGGUACAUCCUUUAAAUCAUGCCAAAAUUGAGCUCCCAGAUGUACAGCGGUCUUUGCCACGCAGCGUUGUUUCUGGGUUCCGGGUAGGGAAGUUUGCCUUAUCAUCGAGCCCUUCUUGGACAUCGGAUUACAUAGUCAUGUUUCAAUCAGGUCAUAGAUUUGGUUUUUGCAGGCCAGGGCUGGGUGAAAAGUGGAAAUACAAAGUAUCAUGGGGAGAUUUAGUAACGGAUCUAAGUUAUUAUAAAGGACAGUUCUAUUUCGUGCACCUUUCCAGCCGCAUUUCAGUUUUUGAUAUUGACAAAGAAGAAAUAAGGCUUGUUGCUCCAGAAUUUCCAAAGGAACAACUUUUAGGUCCUAAUGUGCUUAUUAAAGAGCACUAUUUAGUGGAAUCAGCGGGAGUUCUUUUGGUGGUUCUGUUUACUACCACUACCACCAAGUGUAAAGACCAAGGAUUAACAUUUGGCUGCAGGGUUUUUGAGGUCCCAUUUACAAACAGCAAAUCGUGGUCGGACUCGGAGGUUAGGAGCUUGGGGAACAGAACCAUUUUCCUAAGUAAAUGUAGUUCUUCCUUCUCAAUUGAGGCAUCAGACUAUUCUGGAUUAUGUAAGGCCAAUUCCAUCUACUUCAUGAAUAAUAAGGUAGUCCUUCCGAGACAAAGCAGAGAUAUGGGUGUUUUUAAUAUGAAGGAUGGGACAAUCACCCGAGACUUUGACAAAUUCUUUGAUUAUGAAGAAUUAAGAGGAUUCCAUUCAUGGAUUCAACCGAGUUUGUAA